AUGGAUCAACAAUAUCGCUGUAAUUGCACACGCUCUCGCUGGGCACAAGAGUGGGCAAAGGAGACAACAGGCAAGCCGAACCAGCGAUUGGUGAAGGCCCCAGACAAGAAGGUGCUUCGGCUGUUCGAAUCUCUAUCGAAGCCAUACACCUCGAUUCUGAUUCAGAUGAGAUCAAUGCGUAUUGCACUGAAUCAUUUCCUGUUCAAGAUCAAGGCGGUCGAAUCAGAUGAGUGCUACUGUGGAGAGGGGCCUCAAACACCGAGACACGUCUUAAUCCAGUGCCCGUUGUACGCUGAUCUGAGGAAGACCUUCCUUGACAAGAUCAGAUCGACUGACCUUGGGGAUUCGACCGACUACGAUGCAAUCGCUUCCUGGGGCAAUUCCGACACGUCGAAAUCGAACCAGAACCAACAGGCGACGAAAACAACGAGCCAGGAAGACUGGCAGGCACAGGUGGUGAAGACGAUGGGUAGGAGGAACGCCAAACCCACGGCCGACUGA